AUGGCCAUUGCCUUUUCAGUCUAUGAACUCUUCAUCUUCUUAUCCUUCACCAUUUUCAUCUCCUUACCCUGUUUAUCCAUCAACACCGCCAUUACAAAUCUUAAAAACCCUAAAUUUGCUGUAGAUCUCAUCCACCGUGACUCUCCACUCUCUCCAUUCUAUAAUCCCGACACUACUUUUUGGGACAAAGCUGAAAAAUUAUAUGAGAGCUCAAUUGCACGCUAUGCCUAUAUAGCUUCCAAAAAAAGUGAAAGAUACAGAACUGAUCUUACUCUUGAAGGCAAUCUGUACUACGCAAAACUCGCCAUUGGUGAACCAACUGUUGAUGUCUUCACUGUCCUUGAUUCCGGUAGCGAUAUCUUCUGGAUCCAAUGCGAACCUUGCAUCCAUUGCGAUCCACAGACUGUAAAAAUCUAUGAUCGCACCAAAUCAAAAGCCUAUAGAAACCUAACAUGCGGUUCUGCAGAUUGCAAAUUAGCUCCGGAUACGCGGUGUGAUAGGCAAAAUAAUGUGUGUACUUACGACAUUACAUAUGGUGAUCGUAGUUAUAGCUAUGGCUCUCUUGCCACAGAAACCCUAACAUUCAUGGAUUCCAAAGGAGGAGUGAUGGCCACUGUAAAGGAUGUGGUCUUUGGUUGUGGUUUUAACAACCAUGUUUCAAUUAAUGGCAAAUUUGGUGGAAUAUUAGGGCUUGCUGCAACCCAUUUGUCACUGGUUUCUCAGUUACAAAUCAAUUCAAAAUCAGAAAAAUUCUCAUAUUGCUUGGGCAAUGUAAGUGAUCCAUCUUCCAAAGGUAAUCUGAUUAUUGGUGAAGGUGCACAUAUCAGUGGCUUCUCUACUUCUUUCAAAUUCGAAAAUGACUUUUACAAAGUCAUGGUUGCUGAAAUUAAAGUGGGGUCACAGAGUCUUAAUAUUUCUUCAUGGGCAUUUGGUGGAUCUAGGUUUGUGAUCUUAGAUAGUGGCACUGUAUACACAUUUCUACCACCAAAAGUACAUGAAAAGAUAUUGAAUGCUAUAUCCCAAACAAUGAAAAGAUUCAAGGUUCAACCAAUUCCACCCAGAAGAAAUGGUGAGUUAUGUUACAAAGGAAGUAUCGGAAAGGAUUUAAAUGGAUUUCCAACGAUGACCAUUGGUUUUCUAGGACAUGCCAAGCUGGUUUUAGAGAGAUGGAGUAUUUUCAUCCAACAAGAAAAUGCAACAUUUUGCUUAGCUUUCCUCCCUGCUGAUGGUCGCAAUAUGCCAAGUAUUAUUGGUACCAUGGCUCAACAGUUUUACAAUUUUGGGUUUAACCUUGAUGUGUUCCAUUUGUCUAUCAUCCAUUCUGUAUGCAUUUACUAA